AUGGCUGAAUCGGGAGAAAAAGACGCAGAGGCGACUACAAAUGCAGCAGAUGGGUAUAGUAAAGAAGCUGUGACAAUUAUAGGAUUGCUUGGUGAAUGUGGGAUUAAUGAGUUUGAUCCACGUGUCGUGUCAAUGUUAAUGGAUGUACAGUACGCGGUCACAUCAAAAGUUCUUCAAGUAGCGAGUGGACUGUCAAGACACGCUGAAAAACAACGAAUUGAGACAGAUGAUGUACAAACAGCAGCCGAUAUUUUAGGAGUGCUAUCAUCAAACACUCCAGACAGAGAGAAAAUAUUACAAAUGGCAAAUGACAAAAAUCAACAGCCACUCCCUCAGAUUCGACAUAAUUAUGGAUUGAAACUACCGAAUGAUCGAUUCUGUCAAUUACAACAAAAUUUUGUUUACAAAGCAGAUGAUAGUUAUCAAGAAAUGGAAAUGCAGCAAGUUGCUCAUCCUCCUCGGAUAAUUGAACCACCUUCGGCAGUUUUGCGACCGGAACACGUUCAGAAUAUGCUGAAGCGAAGAGCGCCGGAGGACGACUUUGAUUCAUGA